UUCAUUAAAAACGUAUUAAACAGGCAUGUGCCUACAUGUGGCUUUACUGUAACGAUCAUAGCACGGAGGUACAGCGAGAUGGUGUAAACCGUAUAUUAGGUGGUUUACAAAUGUAUUUAUUUUUUUGAUCAGUGGUUUUAAACGAGUUUAUUUAAUUGAACUGUUCGAAAGAACCGAUUCGUCGAAAUGAUUCAUCAUUCCCAUCACCAGUCUGUGUGAUGUAUCGUUACGUUACCAGAUACACGCUGUAAAAACAUUUUGAUAUGAUUUUCAUUAAUAAUUUCGAUCAGCAUGAAAUAUUCGUUAAAUACAUGUAGAAAUCUGACAAAAAGAUACCACUGCCGCUAUACGGAACUAAUGACAGCAGAAAUCGAAAAGCGUGUUAAGCCUGUCCUCGGAUCAGUUUUUUUCCGUUUGAAUCCUGUUUAAACGAGCAGCAGAACGUCCUCAGAGCUGUUCCCGGAUCAGCCAUAAACACCCAAGGCUGCAGGCAGCACGCACACUGAUGAUGUCAUUCGCCGAGAACAACAACAGUCUCUCACAGGGAUUCUUAGCGGCUUAGUUUGCUCUAAAAUGCUGAUUAAUUCUCUCUAAUUAAACGCCUUUUUGAAUUAGGAGCCCAGUCAGACCAUCACGAUAGUUUGACUUAAAGUAUUGCACUGAGCGAACUUUAGAACAGAAGAUGUUUCACAGCUAUCGCUAAAAGAUGUCAGGCCGCGGUGACAAGCUAACGACGCGCCACUAGCUGUCUGUGCAAGUUUGAAAAAAAUUACACGUCUUUUUUUUUUUUUUUACGAGCUUUUCUGAGCGAAGUGCUACAGUGUUUGCGAAUAAUAUUAACUUGACAUCUCAGAAAUCUGCUAGUAUGUUAAAGGUUCAGUUAAACGUCUCUCAGUGAGAGCAAGACAAAAGGAUGAUCUUGAAGAGUUAACCAAGCACUGACAAACAUGCCUCAACGGAAGAGAGCCCUUGUUCCCAUUAAUGCAAGGAGAAGGGUUAAAGCUGAUGAAGAUUACUUCCCUUUCAACUCUCUACCGGUGGAAUGUCAACUCCAUGUGCUCUCAUUCCUCAGCGAAGUGGACAAAUGCAACUCUGCCCUUGUGUGUGCGAGCUGGAGCUGCUUAGUGCGCUCUGGGAAGCUCUGGAGAGUUGCAGACUAUUCCCGCCGUGGGGUGUUUAAUCUGGGCCAGGAGGGUCUGCUUGUUUCCAACAGAGAGUUUGAGCGCUGGAAAGCUUGGGUUCACCAUUACACACAUCAUCUUAUAUCCCGUGGGGCUAGUUUGCUUACUCUGAAGGCCAGUUUUGAUCUAGGGGACCAGUGCAAUAAAUGGGGCGAGCUCCUGUCACAUCUUCUAGAGAACGUGCAUUGCCGGGAUCUCAGUCAUUUAGACUUGAACUGGACAUUUACGCUGCUGGAACCUCUCGACCUCCGUGUCCACACCAGUUCUAGUUCUCAUCAAGAGAAUAUUACCAAGAUGGACCAGGUCAACAACUUUCAUAUUCUCCUAGCCAGGCUCGUCCACAGCUGUCCCAGGAUUUCCAAAAUGCGCCUGCACUUCGACUGGUCCGAAACAUCCGUUGCGCUGAUCACUCAGUUCCAACACCUCCGUAUCUUAGAAUUGAAGUACUUUUGGGUAUUCAAAGGGGUCAGUCCGAACACUUUACAGCUGCUGGCAAAAUCGCUGCCCAAUCUAAAAUCCCUCACGCUCCAUGUUCUUGUUCCACUGCGAAAUCUAGGAAUCUCGUACACCCUUGAAUCCCUUUCGCUCGAGUUCCUUGAUGUGUCACCCAGUCGAGGUCUGGUCUUCUCCUGCCUCAACCUCCCAGCGCUGCGAGAGCUACGGGCGAAAAAGAUAGUUCGGGGCAUUACUCUGGACCGUCGGACUCGACUACAGAUACAGAGUCGAUGGCCCUGCUUGUAUCAGGUCUUACGUGAAGGGACACCUAAACUUCAGGCCCUUAACAAUGAAAGACUCCUUCCCAGCUGGAAAGAGCAAAGUUACAGAGAGCUGACAUCAAUCCUCCAGCAGUCUUGCUACUGUCUUCAGCAUUUAGACAGCUGGCUUUGGUGAAGUUGAGACUUUUACAGACAAUUACAGGCAACACAUAAUGGCCGAAAUAAGCACAGCCACAUCCUGAAGUAAACCAUGUUGGACAAUUCGAAGGACCAAAAAUAGAAUCAGAUAACACACUUCUGCUGAUCCUUUCAAUAUGUCCAGAUUCUUAACUAUACAAUCAUGCCUCAAGAGUUUUAGCUUGUGUUCUGGCUGAAGUGUGUGCAUUUUUUAGGAGCUUAAGUGAAUUCAGGAAAAGUGUUAUAUUGUGCAAAGAGGAGAAUAAAGCGGAUUGUGGCAGGGGAGUGUGGCUCACUUUGACAAGAACUUUAAUUCCUCAAAAUAUUUCAGUCCUUGUGUGUUUCAGUAGGAAUCAACAAAACAAUUGUUGCCUUUAUUUUGUGUGCAUUUUUGUCUUGAAAUAAUUUUUAUUUCAAUGUUUUCAGCUUUCCAUGACCAAAAGUUAUGACAUUCUUGAUAAUCUAUAUUUGAGACAAUACAGACAACUUUUUUUUUUUCCGGUAAUUGAAUUGUAAUCUUUCUUUCAUAAACUGGAAUUUAAAUAGAAGGAUUACAAUUUUUAUCAAGCCUAGGAUUGUUAUUUUGAAGUAUUUUCACAUGAUUGAAAAUAUGCAUUGUGUUGCAUCUUCAUGUUUAUCCAUAUUUGGGGCAAAUGUCUCAUAAUUAAAAGGACCGUUACUGAGUUUAGGGCUUUCUAAAGAAUUAAUAAGAGUAAAACUUAAACUGAUAAUCCAUUCUUGACAUUAUGAGGUAUCAACUGACCAAUGAAUAAGCAUAGAUUGACUGAGAUCAGAUACUUCGCAUUCAUGCCAAGCAUUUAACCAAUGUAAUAUAAACUUUAAACACAGUGUCUUUCAUGAUGUCUGUGAUCUCUGGAGUAUUUUAUGAAAUGAAAAUAUUGCCUUUAGCCUUAAAAACCAAUAGAUCAAUCAUAUAAUUUAUUUUUUAUGUGCAUAGAAGGGUUUUUAUUAAUAAUAGUUUUUUUUUUCCUUUGUAAACAACUCAAUGGAUGAAAAUGUGAUUAGCAUUAUCUCAUGCUCGUCCACAGGAUGGCACCAUACCCUUUUCUUUUUUAGCUGUGUUCCUUUCUUGCCGCCCGUAAAAACAGCAGUGUGAAGUGAUAAAUGAAUUCUGUGUACUGGCUGGAAUUGAAACCGCUACAAUAAAUUCAUAUGAUUUCACUAAA